UUCCUUAUCGCCAUUGGGCUUCCUGUCCGCCGCUCAGAGCUGCCGCUGCUGCGUCUCCAGACGCUUCCUGCUCCCGGCUACAGUUUCCAGAGCAAGCGACUACCUGUCGUCAUGAGGGGGGGGAGGAAGACAACAUGAGGAACAAAGAUCUUAGGGAGGGAACGUGAUGCUCGCCUCAAGGACACUACCAUGACUUAAACUAAGGGCCGGCCUGGAACUGUCUCCUUGUGUGUCUUUUUUGUUGUUUUAUAUUUUUUUGUUGUCUACAUAGUGUUCUUGGGGAAAACAUAACAAACUUGUAUGCAGGAGCAUUUGUUUGGCUGAAACGUCAAUGUAUUACACUACUGUCUAGAGGAUUAGUAUAGUCACUCCUCUUGUGUGCCUCCUAUAUCACUGAGAUCAAAGAUAGCAAUACAGGUAUCAAAGGUCUUGAAAAGGCGUUCACUUAUCAUAUCUUUGUGCUAUUAAUUACUUUUUGGGCUGCACCUACCAUGCAACAUACUCCACAAAAUUCAUUACUUGUGCAUUCAUUGAAUGUAAUGAUUGCAGCCUCCUUGUUUAAAAAGGUGUGUUUGUCUUAUUCAUAAGUAGUUCGCUUAAUUAUUUGUUCCGUUGUGUAAUUAUUUAACACGGUAUUAUUGAUUUCGAGCAGUUGCUCUGCUGCCCUUUUCACACUUUUUUUCCAAUGCAAACUUGUGAAGAAGUUUGUUUGAAUGACUGAGCUUGUUGUGGAAGAUGUACAUGUUAAAUUGAUGUCUUGAUGUUUUCUUUGACCAUGUUAGUGUGUAACACACACAUUUGUCUACUGGUAGUAAACUGUAGAAGCUGACAACCCUUCAGAUCAAGCUGUGAUGGGAGCUCUCUAACUGUGACACAAAGUUCCUAUCUUCACUGGAUAAAUACUCUACGGGAGGAAUCUUUCAACUUUUUUUUUCAAAUGAACAGAUACUUCUUAACUGCACAGACGGAAUCCGAAACUCAGCGUUUUUUGUUUGCAACAUUGUGGGAGGGAGAAUGAUUUUGAGGAGGUCACCGGGAUGAAGUUCCCAGACUGGCAUUCAGAUCCAUUUUGAUUUUAUUUCAAAUCUCCUCUCAAGCUUUGUAACUUUAGAGAGUACGGCUCACCAAGCUUUGGCAGACCCACUUUAUCCUGGCUUCAGCAGCGAGGAUGCGAUCUCCAGAACCCUCUUCACCAUCCACAGCAGAAGCCCUCCUUCACGGCCAAUUUGCCAGCUGGGGUUCAGGCAGCAACAGCAACAAUAACAGCUGCCCCAACAGCCCCAGCGGCUCGGGGGGACUCUCCCCGGCCGCCUCCCCUUCUCCGGCCUCCAACUAUGCCUUGACCCUCACUCACACCCACAUACAUAUCCAACGGCUGUCACCAAAGGCGGGGAAGGAAGCCCGCCUCCUGCUGCCUUUAUCAGAGCUAGUGGGGUGCAGCUGCCCUCGCGCCCCCGCGCCUCCUCUGUUGGUGCUGUACUGGUACCCGCCGGGCAAACGACGGAAAGGCGUGUCUCGACGCAGGCAGGUGAGGGCCUACCUGGCAGAAAGCAGGUGUGAAGCUGAGAGGUGGUCGGCUGCUGUGCAGUGUCUACUCAGAGGUGUGACCGUCACUGCUGACACAGAAUUUUCAAGAAGUCUGCUACCUCGUCCCAGGCGGCUAAUGUUAUUGGUCAAUCCCUUCAGUGGGAGAGGCCAGGCAAUGCAGUGGUGUCAGACCCACAUCCUGCCAAUGAUAAGAGAGGCCAACAUCAGCUACAACCUUAUACAGACAGAGCGUCAGAACCACGCCAGAGAGCUCAUCAGAGAGAUAUCACUCACAGAUUGGGACGGCAUCAUCAUCGUCUCCGGAGAUGGCCUGCUGCACGAAGUAAUAAAUGGGCUGAUGGAGCGUCCUGACUGGGAACAAGCAAUAAAAACCCCUGUUGGUAUUCUUCCCUGUGGAUCUGGGAAUGCACUGGCUGGCUCACUCAAUCACCAUGCAGGGUAUGACAUGUGCCUUCGGGAGCCCCUUCUUUUGAACUGCUGCUUUUUGCUCUGUCGAGGUGGUGUCCGACCCAUGGACGUGAUUUCCGUGACAACAAGCCCUCCGCCCUCCAUCAACAGCCGCCCUGCAUCACCCAGAAGACUGUUUUCUUUCCUCUCCGUUGCCUGGGGCUUUGUGUCUGAUGUGGACAUUGAGAGUGAGAGGUAUCGUGGCCUGGGAUCAGCUCGCUUCACCCUGGGCACACUGGUGCGCAUAGCUUCUCUUCGAUCUUACAAGGGUCGUCUGUCCUUCCUGCCUCCCUCUAGCAGCGACACAUCGCCGGAUGCCACGCCCCCCCUGCCAAGAAGACCCCUCUCCCGCAGUAUCACAGAAGGCCUGGAGGGCUUUUGUCGAACGCCCAUCCAUCGCACCUGCUCCGACAUGGGCAUCAGUGAACAGAGGAGCCUGCGUAUGGGUGAGGUAGAGCGGGAAAAAGAGGAGAGGCAGAGGGAAAGGGAGAGGAGGAGGGAGAGGGCAAGGGGAAGAGGAGCUGGUGUCGUGAGGACAAGCAGCUUGGCAGAGGACCGAGAGAGGGAGGGAGAGGUGGAGAUGGAGGCAGAAGAGGGGAGGUCAGAGAGAUGUUCAGAGAUUCCAGAGUCAGUCGAAAGGGAAGACUGCAACAUGGGAAAGGUAGAAAGGUUGGCCGGGAUCCAGACUGACAGGGAAGAUGAAGGAAAGGUGGAGCAAGACUCCAGUGAGAUGGAGGAGGAGGACAGGGGGAGGGAUGGGGAAAGCAGCGGGGGUUCUGCCGAGGGGGAGAGAGUGCUGCACCCACGAGGGCUGGAAAAGAACUGUGAGGAAAACAUAGGGGGACAGGUCGGAGAAGGGCAGGAGGGUCAUCUCACGUGCCCAGAUGGCCAUCUGGAGAUCCGACAGGCGCUGAGAAAGAAUUCAGCACCUUCAAGCCAGAUAGCCGACACUCUCUUCAACCAGCCUCUCAGUCCGGCGGCCGACGUGGAUUCUGGCACCUCAUACGGGGUGGAGGACGUGGAUCUGAACGGGACCUACUACCAGAAGGAUUCCUACCAAAUGGACGUUUCUCGGGAGCGUUCUCUCACCAUCUCCUCUCCCUUUCGUCACUCUCCUUUCUCCUACAAGCCCAAGACCCUGGAUCAAAACCAGAAUGCCUCCCGUCCGAGGCCCCUCUCUCUUCUCCAGCACUCCCACUCAAACUCGCUCCCCCCUAAACUACCGUCCCUCUCCCUGUCUCUAUCUCCCACGCCGCCAUCUUCCCCUUCAUGUGCCUCGCCGCACUCUUCGUCCUACCUCGUCCCCCGUCCUAAUACCCCAAAUUCCACCUCGCCGUCACCAUCUUUUAACUUUGACGUUGCUGAGCCGGCAGGGGCGCUGAAGAGCCGACCUUUGGUCUCACUUUUGAAUGUCCCUCGGGACAACUUGUUACCCCCACUCGAUCAACCCAUUCCCACCAGAGAUUGGGUCACCAUUGAAGGGGACUUUGUCCUGGUCCUGGCCCUUUACCAGUCCCACCUUGGGGCUGAUCUUCAUGCUGCACCCCAGGCCAGGUUUGACGAUGGGCUGAUCCACCUGACCUUUGUGCGGGCGGGGAUCUCCAGAGCCACUCUUCUGAGGCUGUUCUUUGCCAUGGAAAGAGGAACCCACCACUCCGUCACCUCGCCGUAUGUGAGCCACAUCACCUGCAAGGCCUUCCGACUGCAGCCUCUGUCCACGCGGGGGACACUCACUGUGGAUGGAGAGCUGGUGCCCUAUGGGCCUCUUCAAGCACAGGUUCAUCCCUCCUUGGCUCGUCUCAUCGUUGGUGACUCUGGGGUGAAGAUUACCAGAUUCUAAUCAGGGAUUGGUUGAGCCGAUUGACGGAUACAGCGCUCUACUAAAUUACGUAAUCUUUGUUGUCGCCAUACUCUGGAAGAGAGGGCGGGGUAUCUGAGAUACUUGAACUAGCCAGGACUGGAGAAACUGCUUUCCCGGGUUUGAAAGGGAUAACCAACCGAGUCCGCCCAUCACUGAAGCAUGACUGCAGGGAUUAAUAGAGAAUUUGAAAAUGGAUGAAAAAUGCCCCUCAUUGCACAGCUGUUGGAUUACGCAAAGCGUACCCAAGCAUGAAAACUGCACAGCCUGGGAUAGUUGGAAGGGAAGAACAAUCGAAUGUUUAUGGAAUUAUUUUAUGCAGAUAGUGCAUGUGUUGGAUGUAUACUUAGUUGUAUGCAUGCAGAGAAGCACUAACUGGAUUUUGCCUUUUAAUGAAAUCAAAAUAAAUCAGAUUACGUCCUUAAACAUAAAAUGCUAAAAAACAACAACAUUGAGAUUCACUUGGACCAACAGCCUAAUUUAAAUCAGCCCCGACCCCGUAUCUUCAAACCCAUCCCAAUGUCUAACUUUUGUAGACUAAAGCUUCCGUCCAUGAAAGAAAUGCCUUAUCCGACCCUCCAUGGACAGUACAGUUUUACCUUUGCCCUUACUUGCUCUUACAUAUUUAAAAAACCUAAAUAUUCCUCUGCUGUGUUCACACUACGAGCGUCGGAAGCAACAAAACAGCCUAUCGGCAGCGGAAACGUUAUAUUAUGUGUGUCAACAUUGAAGUGUUUCACAAGCGCCCACAGAUGCAGUGAUGAUAUUAAACAGCACUGGAAACUGUCUACCGGCAGAGGGGACAGGGACAUUUGAUUGGUUGACGCUUCGUUGCGUUGUCAGGACACAAAUGAAAAGUUGAGACCAACUCGCCUAUUAGUCGCACGUCCUUGGCGUCAAUUUGUUGCUUCUUGUCACAGGCCUCUGAUGAUGAUGAUGAUGAUGAUGAUGAAGAUGAAGACCUUCCCCGUGUGGCUCGUGGUGUGAACGGAACAUGAGCCUCUUUCCACCUAUUUUUGGUGUCUGUCCACGACAUCAGAGCAAAGCUACAUGUAUUUACUUAGACAGCUGGUAGCCCCACUUACUUACUGUUAUCUUUGAGCACACUACUUUCCACUGUUUUAAGCGUCAAUGGAGAAAAUCUGGACAAAUGUACACAUCAAUGACCCUUUUAUCCAAGGGACUCGAUGUAGAACAGCGAGUUCAAGCUUUUCUGAGGGUCAUUACAUUAGUAGGAGCAAUGGAACCGUUGAACGGUGAUAAUUGUAAUAGUUUACAUAAUUUGCCUCUUUUUAUAGCCACUGGUUGCUCGACGAUGAUUUUAAACUUUUGCAAGAUAUUGAACAUGAAAUGAUCUGAACAAAGCAAGCUUCUUAUACAGUUGUUUAAGAAUGUACAUUUUCUAGGAAAGUUUAAGUUCACAUAGAUGUCUCGAAAAUAUCACUAUCUGAGUAAUCAACAAUAAAAUUGUAGAAGGCUUCACUUGUCUUUUGUUAAGUAGGAAGAGUGCAUUGAUUUUGCACAAUAACUGGAGGCAGUAGACAAUAUCACAACACUAGAAUGCUUUGUAACUUUUACAUCAAAACAGUAACGAGAAUCCAAUACAAUGCUUGUUCUAGAAAGGGAUGCACUAGUAUAAAUAACCCAGAUACUAUAUUACACUAAUCACAUUCCCUGCUUUAAAUCAAUGAAUGCCUCAAUCUGAACGCUCACAGCAAUUGAAAGAUGGAACUGACUCCAAAACCCUUGAAAAAAUCCUGCCAAAUAAGGGCAAAACACUAAAUCCAGCAUCUGUGUUUCGUUACACCAGACUUGAUCAACCGAUCGAUCAGAUGGUGGUAAAAUAACUUGAUCCGGCAGAGUAACUAAUCUGUUGAAAUUAAGUGAUCAAUUGUUUUUUUUAAAUGAAAUAUCUUAAGAAUUGUUAUAUUAUUGUAUUUUUUCCAAAUGACUAUUUGCUCCUUGAUAAAAAUAAAACAGCAGAUCUUGGAACUGGCAUGAGGAACUUCCGUCUUAUAUGAAUCAGUUUUGGAAGCGUGUAAAAGGUGUUUUGGGUUUGGACGAAGCAUAAAUCAUUAGCAUGUGCAGUGUAUCAUUCAGUGAGAUAUUGUGCCGCCUGCUUGGGUCGCCAUCCACAUACUGUAUGACUUGGUCAUGCCUGGACAAAUCAAUGCCUUUGUAAAAUAAGCCUGUAAAUUCUGGCUGUUGAUAAAAAAUUGUCAAAACCCGA